GCUCGCGAAACCGGGAGAAUGGAAGACAGAGUAAAAAACAUUGCUCUCGUAACAAAUCCGUUCUGCGAUCAAUGCGAGGAACCACCCCGUAAAUUAGUGUUAAAACUCGGUUAAUUUUGCAUUUUAAGCUUGAUUAAAACCUGAAACAUGGCUCAAAGUCGCUUGGAGAAGAUAGGAACCAUUGUCACCAGAACGGAAGGACUCCUUCGGGCCGGUGCUAUGAAGUGGGAUGAACGACCUUUAUGGUACGAUGUGGUUAAGGCAUUUCCGCCAAAGGAAGAACCCCGCUUUGAUCGUCCUGCCCCAAAUCUUAAGGUUCGGCCAAUUUUCUACGCCGAGGACAAAAUCAGGGCUAAAUACUACAAGCAAAGUUCAGCCCAGUAUAUGGUUAAUAUGGCAGACACGAAAACCAAAACACCCAGCCAACAUUUCGUAGAAAUCUAUCAAAAGCUGGGCACCCAGGGCGCACUGGAUGAGGAAAGAGUUUUCGAAACCGCCCACGAGUUGCUAAGCGAAAGGUUGAAGGAACUAAAACUUGAACGUGUAGCUGUGGGAAAAACGCCGGCACCCAAAGCCUCAUCUAGCUCGCCCGUUAUCUCAUCUACUGAUCCUGUAGAAAAGGGAAAAUUAGUUGAUAUGCAGGAUAUUUUCAAAGAUUGAUUUCUGAGGAAAUAAAACUUAUGAAUUAGUUAUGUUGGAAGUAAUCGUCUUG